UGUAAUAUCAAAAGUCAACACUAAAACAAUUCACACUUUCAUACAAAUCGUACAAAUUGUUGCAAAUGUAAUUAUAUUUCUGUAAAUUUAAAAUGGACCACAUCAGCCCCAACCGCUUUGCAUCGGUGCUGCCCCAUAUAAUCGGCAUAUUGCAUUCACAGCCGCAUCAGCGCGCCACUGUGAAUGAUCUGUGCCACGCAGUGGAAGCGUGUGCUCUGAUGGAUGAGGACAUGAUGCGCCACAUCUGUUCCUUCGACACCCUUAAGGACGCCAUGUACUAUGGGAUGGAGCUGGGCAAGAAUAUGGGCCUACUUGCCCAUUCGAAUGGGAUAAUCCGUAUUCCUUUCAAAUUGGCCAAACGCAGUCCUGGGGACGAGAACCAACGCCAUGUCGAGGUUGAGUAUGUGGAUCUACGGAGCAGUGUCGAGCAGCGGAAGCUUCCGUGCAACAGCGAGGAGUCUGUGUGCAACGCCUCGGAUGAAGAGCUUCAGUUCAGCGACGAGAAUGGGGAGCCUUGCUACAGCGUCGAUGAGCCUCUCAUCCCAGGCCGUGUACUCCGAUCGGCAAUGAAUCCAGUGACGGGAACGGUAAGCCCACUGAUUCAACCCCCUAACCAUGGACCCACUAACAACCUUCCAUCGUAGAAGGUGGGUUCCAGUACCCAUGGGGCCAAACACCCUGGCUAAGAUCACUCCAGGACACCGGUGGCAAGGAGUGGCGUCGAAACCAUAAAAUUAAAUCGAAGGCGAUCCACCAACGAUAUUUAAUUUAAUCCCAAAAUAUAUCAGUUCAAUCUUUGACUUCCCGGUUAAAU